AGGACCAUGCUUGCACAAACGGGAUGUAAGUUUAAAACAAGUUAGGCAACGGAGCGUCCAUAACUUGGCCGAAGAAGACCCGUUCAUUCCAUUUCCUCUUUUCUGUCUUUCAUCAGGCUGUUUCUGGGCUGCUGCUGCCCUCCUGCUGCUGCUCUUUGGGGCCCACGCUUUCCCGAUCGGAGAUUCCUCCGGGGAAGAGGAAUUUGGAGAGGAUCCCUCCGCCAGAACGUCGGCAGCCGGGCGCGUCCAGCUGAACACUUGGACAGAGUUAGCUCUCUGGCUGCAAGGCACCGCCGCGAGGUGGAAUCAGGAGCUGUGCAAGGAGCAAAAUGCAUGUAAAGGUACAAUGGAAAUUAUGGUACAAAAUAAUCUCAACCUUCCAAAGAUCGUUAAAGAAGAUGGAUGCUACCAGCCUGGAUUCCAAAUGGAAACUUGUCUAAGACGACUUUCAAGUGGCCUCUAUGCAUUCCAAACAUUCUUGGAAUAUAUAGAAGAAACUACACAAAGAAGCGUAUCUAUAUCAUCAGGCGCACAACACCUGGCAGACACAUUGAAGUCAAUGAUGAACAAUCCUGAGAUUGUGAGCAUGCCAUCUCCUGACACUCAGAAAACCCUUUCUGCAAAGCUAAGAGAACAGAGAGGUUGGAAUAUGAUAGUGGUCAAGCACUUCAUUCUUCAAGACUUUACUUUAUUUAUGGAGACCACUUCAAGGGUUAUUCGCUUCCUAUGA